AUGUUAUUGGGGCAUUUGAUGGCUUAUGUUUGCGUAGUAAACGGUUUCAGAGUUUGCAAUAAUCAAAGCACAUCAAACUUGAUCCUAAAUUCCAGUUCAAAUAUAGUUAGUGGUCUGAACUCUACUAAUGGCGCCAUUAACUAUGAUUACCUGUCAAGACUGCACAACGAGGCCUUUGAAAGUCCGCAAUUUCAGCUACACAUUCCGCCGAUUUCAGAUUCAUUGCCAGUUUUAAAUAAGGAACUAACAAAAUCGUCGGUCUAUUCUAAUGUAGUUGGGGAGUCAGGGGGAAAUCAGAAUACUGAUGGUACUACUGUGCCUAGGAAUUCUGAGGAUUCCACAAGUUUGGGGAUAGAUAAACAGUCCUCUGACGAUGAUUACCUGGACGGGCCCUUGGAUGUGCUAGAGAUGGUCAAGUCGGGUCUAAUACCAGAGUAUCGCACGCCGAGUUCCACAUCUAAAGGCAGCCAGUCGGCGAAUAGUAGAACUAACCAGCUGUUUUCAUGCAGAUUUGAACGUCCAGCCGAUGUAUUCUUACUCAACUUCUCAACAGUGGACCUCGGCCACCGCGAGUAUAUAUACACAUCCUGCAAGGUGUUGUCAAAGUUGGACGUCUUUAAGGAUGAUGUAAAAGUGAAGCAGGUGUUAGACAGAGUGUUUGCAAAUCAAAUCCCAGUGUGGUUGAGCACGUGUUUUAAUUAUUCGUUUCCUCAUGGCAUCGGUAUAGCAGAGUACGUGUUGAUGGUGUACUACUAUAUUGAUCGAUAUCGGGAUAGCACCACAGCUAAUAUUGAUGCUUAUGGGGGUUUAGAUGGUUCCAGCGAAUACAGUAAAGUUGAUAAUUGGGAAGUUGCGUUGAAUAAACUGAUAAGAAAUGGAAACCCUCACGAAUUAGUGGACUACCUAUCAGAUGAGCGUUACAGGUUAAAUUUAACGGGUAACGAACUUCAGAAUUGGAGAGUGGAUGGUUUGUACGAUGAGCUUUUAAAGUAUUUUAAGGGAGUGGAUAUUGAAAAGGUGUUUAUGGAUGAAAGAAAUCAGUUGAAAGAAAAUCACAAGUUGUAUAAUGAAUUGGUUAAGUACAGAAAGAAAAGGCAUAUAUCAUAUAACAAGACUUUAGUUCAACUGAUUAACUACUACAUACAAUACCUGAAGAUGCCACUGUAUAUCGUAACUGACACUGAGGACGUCGACGAGGUAAAUCUUCGGCUGAAGAUGUUUGGAGUGAAGUCAAAUGAGUUGUUGAAUGUAUUGAAAACUUGUAAUUACAGUACUGGUGAAAGCAAGAAUAAGAGUCGGAAUGAAGGUGAUAGUGAUGGGAAACAGGCUGAGGAAAGGAAUGUGGAGGGGUUCCUCUCUCUAAUGAAGUUGAACCCAUUGAUACCAAUACAUUAUUUUGACAACUCGAUACAUAACUUAAAACAGAUGCUAUCAAAUCCAAAGUUUGAAGAUGUUAGAUUGUACUUUGUGGAUUGGGGAAGAAGUAGUUACGAUCAUAAACUAGAAGCGCUAUACACAGAUAAAAUAAAAUACAUCAAAAACACAAGCGGAUUGGUAGAAUUCAUAUGUAAAUUUAACACCUUUUACUCACGGGAGUGGACGCACGGAUAUAGACUGCGAUACCCAAAUGAGGAGGAACAAGCAUUUUUGUUAAACUGGAAGGAAAAAUGGCAUAAACCAGUAGAUACAACAAUCUCAAAAGAGGGAAGAAUGUUGCCAAAUAUAUAA